AUGGGACGCCUGAAGAACGAGCUGCUGGAGAUCCGGCGCAAGGGGGCCAAGCGGGGCAGCCAGCGCUACAGCGAGCGGACGUGCGCCCGCUGCCAGCAGAGCCUGGGCCGCAUCAGCCCCAAGGCCAACACCUGCCGGGGCUGCAACCACUUGGUGUGUCGGGACUGUCGUUCCUAUGGCCCCAACAGCUCCUGGCGCUGCAAAGUCUGCUCCAAGGAGGCAGAGCUGAAGAAGACGACGGGUGACUGGUUCUACGACCAGAGGGUCAAUCGCUUUGCCAACCGGCUGGGCAGCGACAUGGUGCGGCUGUCCCUGCGGCACAGGUCGGCAGCCAGCAAAAGAGAGACCGUGGGACAAACCCUCCUUCAGAAAGCCCAGCUUGGCGAGCCCAAAAGCUCCUCCACAGUCCGGCAGCCGAGCCCCCCGGCACCCCGGGAGGGGACCAGUUUGUUUCCGGAUGCCUCAGACCCUCGGGAUGGCAAAAGCGACACAGAAUCCAUGGAAAACAUGAGCCUGGAUGGCUACAGACCUAGUCCCGGUGGCGUGAGGGGCAGGAGUAAUUCCCUGGAAAGAGCCGCCCCUCUCAGAGAUGGAAAACAGGCUGCUGUGCCGGCUGGCCCCGCUGCCUCCAGCCUGACCCUCCCUCUCCGCUCCAAAAACGCUCUCUCCGACGGACGGGAUGCCACCGUGGGAAGCCGCAGCAGUGCCUUGGUGGAUGAGCACGAAACGAUAUUCAAGAAGAAUCCCCGGCGGGUGGUGAGACCUGCGGGUGAGCGCUGCGUGGGUGCAGGGGUUUUUGGCAUGCGCAGCGGCACCUCCUCGAGCACGCUGGGGAGCAUGGUCAGCAUUUACAGCGAGGCCGGCGACUUCGGCAACGUUGCGGUCACCGGGGGAAUCUCCUUCUCCCUGAGCUACGAGCAGAAGACGCAGACCUUGUUCAUUCACGUGAAGGAGUGUCGCCAGCUGGCCUACGGGGACGAGGGCAAGAAGCGCUCCAACCCGUACGUGAAGACCUACCUCCUGCCCGACAAAUCCCGGCAAGGGAAACGCAAGACGACCAUCAAACGCAACACCAUCAACCCCCUGUACAACGAGCUGCUGAAGUACGAGAUUAACAAGUCCCUCCUGCUUGCGAGGACGCUGCAGUUCUCCGUCUGGCACCACGAUCGCUUUGGCCGCAACACCUUCCUGGGGGAGGUGGAGGUCCCGCUGGACGCCUGGAACUUUGAGAGCCACCUGGAGGAGUUUCUGCCCCUGCACGGCAAGAUUGGGGCGGAUGCCGCUGGGCUGCAUCAGUACAAGGGGGAGUUGGUGGUCUCCAUGAAGUACAUCCCAUCUUCCAAGCACGCUGGGGCCGGGAGCAGCAGGAAGGGCAAAGCAGGGGAAGGCGGUGAGCUCCAGGUCUGGAUCAAAGAAGCCAAGAACCUCACAGCUGCCAAAUCUGGUGGGACCUCAGACAGCUUUGUCAAGGGCUACCUCCUGCCACACAAAAACAAAGCCUCCAAGAGGAAGACGCCCGUGGUGAAGAAGACCCUGAACCCUCAUUACAACCACACCUUUGUCUACAACGGCAUCAACCCCGAGGACCUGCAGCACAUCUGCCUGGAGCUGACGGUCUGGGACCGGGAGCCGCUGUCUAGCAACGACUUCCUCGGGGGUGUCCGUCUGGGGGUGGGCAAUGGCAUGAGCAACGGGCAGGCUGUGGACUGGAUGGACUCCACGGGUGAGGAGCUGAACCUGUGGCAGAAGAUGCGCCAGUACCCGGGCUCGUGGGCAGAGGGGACGCUCCAGCUCCGCUCCACCAUGGCCAAGCUGAGGCCGUAGGCUGCAGCACUGGCGCUGGGACUCGGCCGAGGGCUGGCGCCGCUGCUCGGGAGCCGCGCUCGCUGCACGGCCCUGCGAGGCUGCCGCGCUUGGUUAUUUUUCUUUGCUUAUACUUUAAUAAACAUGACCCUCU